CCCUCUUCUUUUCCUUUCGUUUCAUCCUUCCUCGCCGCGUCUUCCUACUCCCUGCCCUCCUCCCUCGAGGUGAUGCUGCGCUCGAACUGUAGUUCACCAUGCCGAGGUAUUUAGGCAUCGCCCUCCCACCACUGAUUGGGCUUACGAUUGGCCAUUUCUUGGCUUGUGCCUCGACUGUCGUCCGUCUGGUGCAUCGGGCUCGCCGCCGACAAAUAUGGUGGGACGACGCUUGGGCGGGGGUUGCCCUCUUCUUCACCUUAUUCUCGCUGGCCGUCUGGUAUACCAUCACCUUUAACACCAAGAUGCUUUCCAGGUCCGCAACUUCGUUCCUUGCUUGGGCAAACUUCUUCACGCAGCCCGCUGUCAUUUGGGCGUCCCGAUUAUCGAUUCAAGCGACUGUCAUACGAUUCCUUCCACCUGGCCGCAACAGAACUGUCUCCCGACACGCUUUCGGCGCUCUUGCCUUCAUGUGGGUUGCCACCACCGUCUCCAAGGUGUUCUACUGCGGUUACCCGAUUCCAUUGUACCCCGUGCAUCCGUAUUGCUACUUCGAGGUGUCGGUUACGGUCAUCAGCGUCGUCCUCAAUUGUCUCGCCACAAUAUGGCUGAUUGGGUGGCCAGCCUACGUUCUUCUGAAGAUGAACCUUUCAAAACCACAUCGACGGCUCUUCAUCGUCUGCUUCUCCUCCGCUUGGGUCCUACUUGCAAUCGUUAUCUGGCAAGGUUUUAACGUAAUAAAAUACGACAUUCGGAUUCAAAUAAGUGGCCAUCUGGAGAUUAUGGUGUCCCUUGUGACAUGCAAUCUCCUAGUCUUGGCGACAUACAUUUACCGCAUCCUCCGCAACUCUGACGAAGAAGACUCCGACGAUUCUUCCGAGAGCGCUUCUUCAAAGGGAGAAGAUACUACAAGUGGAAACCCGGAUCGCACUACGCGAGAGAUGUCCCAAUUUGAGACUACCAUAGGUCCUCUGACCACCGUCCAUACGAGUGGGGACGAGUUUUCGUGCGGAUACUCGUCGCUGAACGGCUAUUCUGAUACAUCGAGUAGUCAGCGUGAUAUUCGCACAUUUCCCACCACCACACAUGAUACUUGCGUCAGUAGUGAUACGCAACGGACACGCCCAUAG